AUGACCAUCAGGAAGACCUGGGCGCGGGAGGCGAAGGAGGCUAAUUUGAAGGUCAUCUUCGUCAUCGGCAUUCCGCCAAAUGCUACCACACAGGCGGAAAUCAAACGAGAGGCGGCCACCUACGGCGACCUGCUCCAGUUCGCCUUCACCGAGAACUACUUCAACAUCACCCUGAAGGCGAUCGCCGAGCUGAACUGGUCGGCACGGCACUGCAACGGCAGCGCCUACCUCCUCCGCGUCGACGACGACGUGAUAGUCAAUGUGCCACGCCUCUCGGCGGCCAUCGCCGAGGGCAAGUUCCGCCCCGGUCUGACCGGCCAGGUGGAGGUCACUGAGGCUCAUCGAGAGCCGGCGCACAAGUGGUACAUGCCGCCGCGGUACUACCACGCCGACUCCUACACCUUCAUCAAGGGCUUCGGCUACCUGCUCAGCACAGACCGCCUGCCGAAGCUGCUCGCCUCCAUGGGCCGCUACCGGGGCUUCGUCCUCGACAUCGACGACGUCUACGUGACAGGCGUGCUGGCCGAUUACGCGAAAAUUGACCGCCACCACGACGUCGGCUUUCGCCACUACUGCGGCGGCGAUGUGUGCGUCCUCGAGAGCAGUCUCGUCAUCUACGGGUGCGCCUUCAGCGCCGAGGCGGAGGCGAUGUACGAGGAGUGGAAGCGGGAGGCGGCCAGCAAGGACUGCGGCAAUGAGGUGGACGGAGGAUCGGUGGCAGAAACGGAAACGACUAGUCCCAAUAAUAAUAGUACCGAAGUGGGCGAGCCCUGA